ACUUAGGACGAGUAGGAGGCAAAUGCUGCCCCAGCUGUUUCCUGUUGAAAAUGUCUGUGUAAUGUAGAUAAAUGUGAGGGAUUUUCUCUCUAAAUCCGUCUCCUGUUCUCUAAAUCUCACUUCUCCAAAACGAGCCUGCGCAAUGGAACAAAGUGGGAAUAUUGAGAUGUGACAUUGCCCGCAUCUCAUCCUCUUUUCUGCCCGUUUUUUUAAUGACUUCAAACAAGUUGAAUUUCGCCGGGCUUUGUCUUGCAGGAGGAUGUCUAACGCUCAUUUCUCUCAAUGGCAUUUAUGUCAUGUCCUCAAGGGUGCGAUGCGCUGUAUCUCCUGUAGCCACACCCUCUCACUACUGCUGUGCGUCCUCACCCUGACUCCGACGUCAUCAGGGGCGGGUCCCGAAACCCUGUGCGGGGCGGAGCUGGUGGACACGCUGCAGUUUGUCUGUGGAGAUAGAGGCUUUUAUUUCAGUAAACCAACGGGCUACGGUCCCAAUGCGCGGCGGUCACGCGGCAUUGUGGACGAGUGCUGCUUCCAAAGCUGUGAGCUCCGGCGCCUGGAGAUGUACUGCGCGCCGGCGAAGACGAGCAAGGCAGCUCGCUCUGUGCGCGCUCAGCGCCACACAGACGUGCCCAGAAAGGUCAGUACUCCAGGACAGAGAGCGGAGAAGGCCACGGAGCGGAGGACCUCACAGCAUUCAGACAAGACAAAAAACAAGAAGAGACCUUUACCCGGGCAUAGUCAUUCAUCCUUCAAGGACGUGCAUCAGAAAAACUCCAGUCGAGGCAACCACGGCGGCAGAAGUUACCGAAUGUAGAGACGGAAUGGACAAACACCCAGCGACUUGGGAGGGAGAUGAGGGAGUGGCCUUACCUGGUACCCCUGUGGAAUGGUUCACUGUAAAACAAAACAGGGAGGACGCCAACCAUGGAGUGAGAAGCUCUUCAAAAAUGAUUUAGAGCUUAGUUUUUAGGGUGUAAUGGGGUGGGGGGGUCUUAUGAUUAUUUUAUACACUGCACCAUUCCAUAUUUGUUAAUGCAAUGUAACAGACUAGAUUAGCUGCUGAACAAGAACUUGUGACACCUGUGUGUGAGCUCCAAGGAUCUCCGGGAAAGGUGGGCUCCAGCCAAUCAGAGAGCAGCAGUUUCUGGUCCUUUACAUGAAAAGAGAAUGGAUCCCUUCACUUCUUUUUUUUUUUUUUUUUAAACUGGAUAGUACGUCAGCAUAAAAACAUUCAUUCCCCCUCAUACAAAGAUGGCGUUUUACCUUCAGAGCUUGUUUUUCUGCACCAUGCAUUACUGUGGAUAUGAAACUCUUCAGUUUGAGGUCUCUAAACAUCCUUUAUGCCACCUUGAGUUUAAAUAUAACCAUGAAGGGGCCCGAGAGCAAUCAAAAUCCACUUGAAUAUAAAAUCAAAAGUGUUUUUCCAAACCAUCAAUAUGAGCUGCAGUCCGAACUGAAUCCUUUAAUUUGUCUUUGUUGUUGUUGUUGUUACAUCAUUGCAUAAUGUUUCAUUUGCUGUCUAAAAGGGGCCAGUGGAUUCAAAGUCCAUUUGGCAUGAAUAAAUGAGUUGGUCAAAUAGAGAUACUGGGACAAAAUGUUUAUCAUCCUUUUAACAUGUCACCACUCAUGGCAAAUCUGACAAUUAUCAGCUGUCCUGCCCGCCGGCAUGGCUCUUCUGAACUUUCUGUGUAAGCCACGGUACAUUGGUCCACAGUUUGUCCAAAUACCUUGACUUUAAAGCGAUUACCAGAGCUGCUGUGACACACAGAAACUGUGCAACACCAGCUGUUGCUGGAAUUUCGUAACCUAAAUUGAUAGCAAUAGUGCACUGAGGCAACACAAGAACUGUUGCAAAGUUCAGCAGAUGCAACAGUUUGGCAAACGUUUUCAGCCAAAACAACACCCCCCCCCCCCCCCCCCCCCCCCAUACAUGAGCGACAGAGUACACAUACGCAGAAAUGUACAUAAAUAAAAUCCCUCACUCAGAGAUGUGCAAGGUCACAUGAAAUGAAGUUUAAGUCCUUGUAUGAGGACUGAUAGUACUUGCUUUUAUUUUGAAGGGUCCAACAUCUCUGGCUCAUCUAUGUGUAUAAUCAAACAAUACUACAAUUAUGUUAACCUAUGCAUUCCUAUCAAUCGUUGUACAUGAUGGUUUCAUAUAGUAUAACUGUAUUAAGAAUCCUAUCCACUGUAUAAUGGUGCUAUUUUAUAGUUUGUUACUUGCAAAAGAUGGCUAAGUUAAACAGAUGGCAGGGCUUACGUCAUCGUAGGUCUUCCCUUUUGCACAGCCUUGUGGCCACCAUUUAGUAGUGUUUUUUUAAGCUGUUUUGAUAAGGUUGUAGUGUGAACAUGUGAACAUAUGUGUGAAAAUGUGAGAAGAUGAAAAAAAAAUUAUAUAACAUUAGGAAUAUUCCAAAUAUACUCCCAAAAAUAAAAGAACAUUUUCUUUUUUCUACAUUUUUUUCAUUAAUUACUCUAGAAUGGGGCCCUGAUGCCAAAUAAUAAAAAAAGUUCUGGUUCUUCCAAUGUCAAAUAGAUGGUUGAAGGUUAUGGUGAGCUCAUGUCUGUGCAGAUAAGUGUGUGCGCUCGUGUGUGUGCCUCCCAGGAAGCCGAAACACUAAAUUAUUGACAUAUUUAGAUUAUGCAACCAACCUACCACUAAAGUGGAUAAAAGGAAGACAAUCAUUACAUUUUGAACAGUGUCUUUAUCAGUCAGAACACUUAUGCAACAAACCUAGGACAAAUGUAAAUAGAUCACAAAAGUCCAAAAAUAUGAAAAUCCAAUGCAGAAAAGGUUAGAAUAUAUUUUCAUCCCUGUAAUUUUAUGGCCCCGUUUUAGUGUUAUCUAAAAAUAACACAGAUUUUUGACAUCCAUCCAGUCAGAAGGAUUUCUGUUCGACUUUAAUCCAAAUUGCAUU